AUGAUGCCCGAGCCGUCUUUGGCCAAAACACAACAGCGACAUUGUCUGAGUGUGGGUCAGUGCCAAACUUUGUUUCAGCGAGACAAUCACCCAAACACCCAGCCGCUGCAGCAGGGAGGGCCAGCAUUAACUGCUGUGAAUUUUCUAUUUUACCUCUCCCUUUUAAAUUCCCUUUCAUCACGUGUGCCGCUCACAGUUUGCUCAACACCUGCAGGUAGAAGGCUGCGGCUCUUCCACUUCCUGUUUGAGAUGCUGCAGGACCCGAGCAUGGCCCACUGCUUGUCCUGGGCGCCGGCGCCGGCCGGCGUGUUCAGCUUCUCCUCCAGGAACAAGGACCAGGUGGCGGUGCUCUGGGGCCAGAGGAAGGGUAACAAGAGGCCCAUGACGUACCAGAAGAUGUCCCGCGCUCUGAGGAACUACGCCCGGUCGGGUCACAUCUUCAAGGUGAAGAAAAAACUCACCUACCAGUUCAGCCGGGACACGCUGAUAUCGCUGCAGAAGGGUCACGGAGGAGAUCCGUAGAUCUAUACUGUACUCUCCCUCUUUUCACAUUUUACUGUGGUGUAAAUACAGAACUAAAUAAAAACUUGCUGUUAUGUUAAAUUUGUAGUUUAAGUACACUUUGCUGUAAUUCCUCUCAAAAAACAUGUGAUGCACAAAACCAACAUGGGUGUAAUUGAAUGGUUCUUUU